CUGUUUGUAAUUAUCAGAGAGGAAUCGGUAUCCACACAUCAUGUCUCAGGCAAAUCCUGGAGAUCAUCGUCGAAAAUGGGAUUUAUCCGAAUAUGAACAAAUAGCACAUGAUAGAUCUGAACUCGAGAGAUCAAAAUCAAAUACAAAUGAUGAAGAAGUUAAAAGAGAAAUGCUUAAACCUAGAGAUUAUAAAGUGGAUCUUGAUUCCCAUUUAGGAAAGUCUCAGGUUAUUACAAAGACAACUCCGGCCUCACAAAGUGGAGGAUAUUAUUGCAAUGUUUGCGACUGUGUCGUUAAAGAUUCUAUAAAUUUCCUUGAUCAUAUAAAUGGAAAAAAACAUCAAAGAAACAUGGGAAUGUCAAUGAAAGUUGAGCGUUCUACUUUAGAUCAGGUGAAAAAGAGAUUCGAAGUGAAAAAAAAACAAGCUGAAGAGAAAACAAAAGAAGUGGAGCUUAGCGAACGACUUAAAGCCAUAAAAGAGGAACAAGACAAACACCAAGCUUAUAAACGUGAAAAGAAAAGGAAACGAAAAGCGAAUACCACAGAAUUUGAAGUUGAAGAAGAUCCAGAAAUGGCAGCUUUAAUGGGAUUUUCAGGAUUUUCAAAAGGAAAUAAGAAUAACUAA